UUCCAAACAUCUGGUUUUCCCAAACUACUCUUUCUCAUUUUUGUAACUGAAUCUGAAGUGAAGACCAAGAGAAAAUGGCCCAUUACUAUAACAACUAUAAGAAUGAUGAGGUGGAGUUUGUUCGAACUGGCUAUGGGAAGGAUAUGGUAAAAGUUCUCCGUAUUCAGCGAGAUGGAAAAUAUCAGAGCAUUAAAGAGGUGUCAGCUUCGGUGCAACUUACUCUGAGCUCCAAAAAAGAUUAUCUGCAUGGAGAUAAUUCAGACAUCAUCCCUACAGACACCAUCAAGAACACAGUUCAUGUCUUGGCAAAGUUCAAAGGAAUCAAAAGCAUAGAAACUUUUGCUAUGGAUAUCUGUGAGCAUUUCCUUUCCUCUUUUAACCAUGUCAUCAGAGCUCAAGUCUACGUGGAAGAAGUCCCUUGGAAGCGUUUAGAAAAGAAUGGCGUUAAGCAUGUCCAUGCAUUUAUUCACACUCCCACUGGAACCCACUUCUGCGAGGUUGAGCAGAUGAGGAGUGGACCUCCGGUCAUUCAUUCUGGAAUCAAAGACCUCAAGGUCUUGAAAACAACCCAGUCUGGAUUUGAAGGAUUCAUUAAGGACCAAUUCACCACCCUCCCUGAGGUGAAGGACCGAUGCUUUGCCACCCAAGUGUACUGCAAGUGGCGCUACCACCAAUGCAGAGAUGUGGACUUUGAUGCUACCUGGGACACUGUUCGGGACCUUGUCCUGGAGAAAUUUGCUGGGCCCUAUGACAAAGGCGAGUACUCGCCCUCUGUCCAGAAGACCCUCUAUGACAUCCAGGUGCUCUCCCUGAGCCAGAUUCCUGAGAUAGAAGACAUGGAAAUCAGCCUGCCAAAUAUUCAUUACUUUAACAUAGACAUGUCUAAAAUGGGACUGAUCAACAAGGACGAGGUCUUGCUACCAACAGACAACCCAUAUGGCAAAAUUACUGGUACAGUCAGGAGGAAGCUGACUUCGAAGCUGUGAUGUUGUAGCCCACCUGGAAUCCACUCUCAGCUAAAGAAUUCCUUAAGCCAGUCGUGAUGCUGGAUAUGUAACCAUGCAAAUUUUCAACCUAGUAUGUUGAUUUAUAGUGUGCCUUUUCUUCUUGUAUGAAAGAAUUCUUCUACACCUAGCUUAGCAGGAUGUUCUAUGAUCAGUAACUAGAGCAUGCUUUCUAGAUACAGUUUAUUUCACAAAUGUGGAGCAGUAUUAGAAUAACCAUAAAUUAGUAUUUCUUUUUAGCCUAUCUUAGAGAAGCU